UGGUGUGUUUUGACAGGCUCUGAGUGGGACAGGAUGAAGGCAGGUCUCCUCAGGCAGGAGCGACAGCGUCUUGAAACCAUCCUGAACCUGUGUGCGGAGUACACAAAGACUGACGACCCAAGUGCCCCUGACAUGGGGAGGGUAACCACGCACAGUGAGCAGCUCCACAUUGAUGAGCAGGGAUUCUACCCCAGCAUAGCCGGGCCUGGCCCCACCACCACCAGCAGCUGCAUCUCGAUGGAGUGCAGCGGCACGGGCAAAGGGAUCAGGGACCAACUGGCUGAGCCCGGCCCUCAGAAAGCACGAGAGGCUCUGGAGAAGUCAGAUGAGGACAACCUGAAGGAAGAGUGUAGCAGCACCGAGAGCACACAUCAUGAGCAUGAAGAUUCUGCAGGCAGUCACUCAGUCCCGCAGGCCGUAUACCUGGAGGAGGAGAGGCUCAGAAUCCUCACAUCCGUCGAUGAACUCAAGCAGAGAAUUAAAGAACUUGACCAACAACUUGAGGAGUCCAAUCAUGAGGCGGAGAUGGAGCGAGCUCUGCUUCAGGGAGAGCGAGAAUCGGAAAUUGCUCAAAUCCGGCAGGAACAGGAGAUCAUUGCGCAGUUGGAGGAGAAACUUUCCGAGCUGGAGAGCAACAUCCAGAGAGAAAAGGAGAAGGAAAGGGUAAAGCUUGAUGCUGAGGAAAGAGAAGUGCAGAGACUACAGUCGCAUUGCCAUGAGUUGAAGAGCCAGCUUGAUAACUGCCCUGAAUCAAUGAGGGAGCAGUUACAGGACCACCUCAAAAGGGAAGUGGAGACUCUCGAAUCUGAAGCCAAACUCUUUGAAGACUUGGAGUUUCAGCAGCUGGAGAAGGAGAGUCGCCUAGAAGAGGAACGGGAGACUGUGAGCCAGCAGCUUCAGCAGGACAAGGCUGAAUACCAGCGCAGCACCAUGCGGAGAAAGGACAAGGUUUCUGCUUUAGAGAAUCAAGCCAAUCAGAUUCGCUAUCAGGCUCUUCAGGAGUGUGAGAGAUUGACAAGAGAGAAAAACGCAAUGAUGCAGUUGCUUCAGAAGGAAAAAGACAAACUGGCCAAUCUGGAAAAGCAGUAUUUUAUGGUGACUGGUGGAAAAACCUUUUCCAAAGGCUCGACAGCACUAAAGGAGGAAAUGCUUCACAUCACAGAGCCUAACGACAUAUUAGAGGAGUCUAACCCCCAGCAUUGCCUCCCAGGAAAGGCAGCUUCUCUAUUCCCCUCUCCUUCCAUCCCAGCGUACCCCAAGAUACAGGAGGUUUACCGAUCCAAGAUGGAGAACGACGGAUCUGGCACUCUGCCUCGGACGAAGAUGGGAUCUUCCCCCUCCUCACCGUUCACUGCUUCAACUCUCGGCCGAAACCUGACAUCAAAGACCCCUGUGGUGGCACAGAAUGGCACGAGUAGUUUGCCACGAAACCUGGCUGCUACUUUGCAAGACAUCGAAGUGAAGAGACAGUUGGCACUGCAGCAGAAAGAAUCACUAGGGAUAUCCAAAACAGAUCACAGGAGAGGUCACCAGGUGAUUGAAGAACAAAGGAGGCGAUUGGCUGAGCUGAAGCAGAAGGCUGCAGUCGAGGCCCAAUCACAGUGGGAGGCCUUGCACAGUCAACCAUCACCAAUGUUUGGCCAGUCCUACUCCGUGAGUGGACAACCCCAAUCUCACCUCAUCCACCACAGUAUCCUCCACCACAACCCGCAGCCUCUCUCCACUCAGCAUGGCCUCGACCUGGAGCACGCCUUUGACACACUCAGUCUAGAAAGUUCCGACAGCUUGGAGACCAGCGUUUCCACGGGCAACUCGGCCUGUUCACCCGACAACAUGUCCAGUGCCAGUGGGGUGGACGUCUCAAAGAUCGAGGAGAUGGAGAAGAUGCUGAAGGAGGCACAAGCUGAAAAGGCACGACUCUUGGAGACACGGGCUCGUGAGAUGGAAAUGCGCCGUCAGGCCUUUGAGGAGGAACGCAAGAGGCGGGAGGAGCUGGAGAAGAGGCUCCAGGAUGAAACUGAUCUUCGGCAGCAGCUUAUUGACAAAGAGGUUAAGAUGCGGGAGAAACAUUUUUCACAGGCACGACCCUUAACUCGGUAUCUACCAAUCAGGAAGGAGGAUUUUGACCUGCGAUCUCAUAUUGAAUCAUCAGGCCACAACCUGGAAAUCUGUUACCAGGUGGCUAUCUCUGAGAAGAUGUGCAAGGGUUACCUCACAAAAAUGGGCGGGAAAAUCAAAUCUUGGAGAAAGCGGUGGUUUGUCUUUGAUCGCAUCAAACGGACAUUGUCUUAUUAUGUCGAUAAACACGAAAGUAAGUUGAAGGGAGUGAUUUAUUUUCAAGCCAUCGAAGAGGUUUACUAUGACCAUCUCAGGAGUGCCUCAAAGAAGGGAUAUUUGAACCUGCAUAGAAUCAAUAGUCCCAACCCAAGCCUCACAUUCUGCGUGAAGACACAUGACCGACUGUAUUUUAUGGUGGCCCCCACCCCGGAAGCCAUGCGGAUUUGGAUGGAUGUGAUUGUCACGGGAGCUGAGGGCUACACGCAGUUCAUGAGCUGAGGAACAGACAGGACAGGGUUCUUGGGUGGAGUGAGUUAGCAUUGAGCCAUGGCCUUUGUAGAACUGACAUGCUCUGACCCCAACAGCGGAAGUUGUGCUACCUGUCUUCACUGACUGAUUGUCUCUCCAUCUGCCCCUUUCUCUCUCUCUCUCUCUCUCUCCAUCUCGUGUCCUCUCUGUUUGAACAACAGCAAACUGGUCCUGUGUCCCCACAAGGAACCAACCAAUCAUUUCCAAAUACGCUUUCGCCAGAAUAAAAACUGACUCCAUUGCAGGCAAGAGAGAAACCUUCGCCUGCAAACAAUAAAGAGGGAAUGAACCUAUGCAAAGUCACCCGUGCAAUUGUAAUUUUCCAAACAGAUGAUGGACAGAGGCAAAAGGAUUCUUACAAAAUGAAAUUGAAAGAAGCAAAUACAAAAAUAAAACUGAACAGCCGGCAGGAAACCAGAGGCAGACUGUAAAACAGAAAGAACCUCUUCCGUGGACUUCUUUGUGAAUCUGCAAACGGGGGUCGAUUUGGACACUGUUGCCAAGAUCUGGCACAGCCUACCCACCUUCGAUUUGUGAAGAGCCCUAUGCAGAAACAUUCAGUGUCCUGUGUUGGGUGAUGCCUCACAAGACAUGUGCAAAUGGAAUCGUCCUCUUUGCGUACACACAUGUGGACUGACCAUGGU